UCACUGCGUGCACAGUUUCAUCAUUGCAAGUCAAUAUGGAUGCUGCUUGGAGCAAUUUCCUGUUUCAGACCACACCUUCACAAAGCCAAACUGAGACAACUCUCCAAUCAGAUCUUCUCCCAGAGCUGACAGACACUGCCCAGAGCCCGCCCACAGAACACAUAGUCUCGCCUCCUUCCACAGUGGACACAGCAGCACUGAAUGAAGAGCCUGUCCCAGUAAAACCCGUAUCCCGUCCUCCCCGUCCUGCCCACAUCUGCUCUAUAUGUAACAAGCAGUUCAAGAACAGUUACAACCUGAGACGCCAUCAGUCCGUCCACACCGGCGUGAAAAUGAAGACCCGCGAGAAGGAGGACGGGACGAAGACGGGCGGACGGGUGGAGAGACAGACGGUCCCUCUCUCUCUCCUCCAGCUCUCCAUCCCGUCCACUCUCUCCACCGUCACUGACCCGCUGACCCAUCCCUCCCCGCUCGGCAGUCAGCAGGUGGAGACCGUUGCGGUGUCCAUCGCCACGGCAACCGUUACCAUGGCCGCGCCACAGCCUCUCCCCGCAGCUGUCGUGGUCUCUGCCUCCUUAGUGCCGGCUCCACAAACCAGUAACACCAACGAGAACCCGACCCCUAACCCGAUCCCGAUCCAAAUCCAAGCCGCGGCCCCGGCCCCGACCCCGACCCCGAACCCGAACCCGAACCCGGUGCGGAAGAACCACGCGUGCGAGGCGUGUGGCAAGGCCUUCCGGGACGUGUAUCAUCUGAAUCGACACAGGUUGUCCCACUCUGACGAGAAACCCUAUUCCUGCCCAAUCUGCCAGCAGCGGUUUAAGAGAAAGGACCGCAUGAGCUACCACGUCCGGUCGCAUCAGGGCGGCGUCGAGAAACCGUACGUCUGUCCCCACUGCGCCAAAGGCUUUUCACGGCCAGAUCAUCUCAACAGUCACGUAAGGCAGGUGCACUCCACAGAGAGGCCUUUUAAGUGUCCGACGUGCGAGUCUGCGUUUGCCACAAAAGACCGACUGCGCGCUCACAUGAUCCGACACGAGGACAAGGUUCCGUGCCACAUCUGCGGCAAGCUGCUGUCACCCGCUUACAUCACCGAUCACAUGAGGGUCCACAACCAAUCACAGCAUCACGUCUGUCACCUGUGCAAUCGCAGUUUCACCACACUUAACUACCUGCGGGUGCACGCUCAGAAACACCACGAGCAGGAGUGGAAGGAGAGCGGGGGCAUGCGGGGUGCUUUCGGGGGUGUGGGGGCAGGGGGCGUGCUGCUGUGCCAGCUGUGCGGGGUGCACUGCAAGACACCUACUCAGCUCCAGGGUCACAUGGCCACGCACGCCGCCCAGCAGGCCACGCCCGUCCCAAUCAGCACCAGCACCAGCACCGACACCGGUACUGUCACGGGCACGGCCGUCCCCAGCACCGCCACCGUGGGCUUGCUGGUGACUGACUGCUCCAGCAUCGCUCAACAACCCCACAGCUAGAACCCCGCCCCCCUGUGGGGCGGGCCCAGGGUGGGGCUGGGCGAGGUGGGGGAGUGGCCUGGAGCAGCAGCAAAGCAGUUAAAACCAGCGAGAACUGCUGUGUGGACCCAAGUGAAACAGUCGCUAUGGAAACUCUAACCGCCCAACACCGCCCUCCCUAGUCCACCCCUGACCUUGACACUAGUCCACAACAUCCAACUUAAAUAAGUGGGAAUUUUUUGAAUGCAGGGAACUCGAGAGAGGCCAUCGAGUCAUUUCAACAUGUUCACUACAGACAGCUUAACUAACUAUCCCAACCGACAGCGUUUAAAGAUCUGUCAGAACCACUUGUAUGCGGUCCCGCGUGGUCUGAUCCGGUCUUUCAAAGGAUAACACGUGAAACGUGUGAAGAGUUAAUGGACUAAGUGAUUGGGACGUUGGUUAGUGACAUUGGGCGAGACCUUCAAGAGAAAUUUAUAGUUUAUAAAGUAUAUUCAGACUUCCCCAAGUUCUUGGUGGAUUCAGCAAGAUGAAAGCAGUAUUCGCUGAUGUCCAAUCGUCAAGGCGCCGUCACCCGUGGAUGAGAGGAGUCAUACCUUCCCUUUUUUUUCCACAAAUUAAUCUGUUUCGUCAAAAUGUAUAAUGAUUUCUAGAAAUAUCAGCAUUCACUCAUUUU